UUCAUCGACUUGAGGAUAUAAAUACUUCAGACAUGGAAACUUCGCUGAAAGGCAAGGCUAAACGGAGGCACCUGAGUAUAUCUGAGUGCAGCAGUUUGGCCCAAAGUGAAACUGGCAGCCAGUCUAUCACCCAGCCAUUCAGUGUGAACUUGUCUAACAGUUACCAAAAUCAGGGACUUCAGCCAAGGACCCCUACUAAGAGAAGAAAAAACGAUGGCAGACAGCAGAGAGGCAUUACAGAAUUCUUCUCAUCUGCUGGGGUUCUCAGCAGCAGUCCACAAAAAAAACAAAAAUGAUGCAUGGUCAAAACAGAGGCCGGAACGAAUGGACAUACUGUUCCAAAGGAGGAAGAAGUGGAACAAGAGAUAAUGAUGAACCACAUGGAGGGCAUAACGGAGGACAUGUUUGACGAUGAUAAGGAGUUUAAGACAGAUUUAUGUUCCAUGGAAAAACAUGAAGCAGAACAGGGUGAAAGGGUGGCAGGAUGCAGCAGUUGGGCAUGUUCUUCAACGUUUGCUUUUAGUGUCGGACACUCUAAUGCUACUGUAAAGAAAGAGGAAGACCAGUAUGAUGUAGAAAGCCUCCCUGAUGCUCAUUAUGGGUUACUGGGACUGAAUAAGAAUCUGCUGGAGCCCCAGGGUCACUUUCAAGACUUGCCUGAGGAGGUACUGAGUGUUAUUUUGGCUCACCUCCCUGCUGCCGAUCUGUAUCGCAACAUCAGUCUGGUGUGUCAUCAGUGGAGAGACAUUGUCAUGGAUCCUCAGUUUCUUCCUUGGAAGAAGUUGUACUGCAGAUAUGAAAAGCAGGAAAAAGAGACUGUAAUGGCAAUCAUGACCAUACUUGAAGAGAACCGCAUUGUUAAAACGGAUGAUCUUUGUGUAUUAAACAUGAUAAGGUACAUGUCGCAGUUCAAGCACAGCAGACGGGUGAACAUGGUGGAUGUUUUGAGUUGUGUCAAAGGCCAUCGCCUCUACGCCCAGGCAGAGGCCUGCAUUAAGCACCGGCUGCCAGACAUGGAGACCAUUGACGGAGAACCAAACCCUUGGUCUGCCAUGGCACUCAUGAUUAUCCUCGCAGAUGGAGUAAAAGACAUUUUGAAUCUCGUGGAUCGGUUGCAAACCUCUGGCUGUUUAGUGACCCCUGAUGGGAUUUCGGAGUUCCUGUGGGCCAUCGCCACCCUGCUUCUUGCCAUGAGGAACACGAACAUUACUAUCAGCAACAGGUGGCACUACAAUGUUUUUUAUGUGCUUCACCUGAUGGAGAAUGCACCACCGCCUCUGAGCCAAGACAGCACAGGCCGAGAGAGACCUAUACAUGUCACUCAUGAACAGCAACAGAUCCUCAAUCAUGAUAUCCACAAAGAUCAUGUCGUCAAGAUUAUGGCUUUUGCUGGCACUGGGAAGACGACAACUCUGGUGAGAUAUGCACAACAAAGGCCAGAUCUGCGCUUACUUUACAUCGCCUUCAACAAAUCUGUAGCCACACAGGCAGAACGCAGCUUCCCUUCCAAUGUGAAGUGCAGGACCAUUCACUCUAUGGCCUACAAAGCUGUUGGAUACAGGUACAGGCAGAUAAAUAAGCUGUCCAGUAACUUGAAGCCCUUCACAGUGGCCUUUGUGCUGCCCAAGGGACAUGGUGGCUUUGUGAAUGCCAAAGUGAUUACGCUAACCAUCAACCAUUUCUGCUCCUCCACGGACGAGUUCAUUGGCCCACAGCACGUCCCAAAUCGCUACAGUAAUACCAACGGGCGUGAGGAGCACCCAACCGAAGCCAAAAAAAUGGAGUUUGCACAUGACGCACAGAAGAUCUGGAACGAAAUGGCAAAGCUGAAACCCACCAAAGAAACGGCUUAUCACAUGACCCAUGAUGGCUACCUUAAAUUGUGGCAGAUGCAGAAGCCUGUGCUUCAUGAUUAUGAUGUCAUUUUUAUUGACGAGGCUCAGGACUGCACUCCAGUCAUCAUGGACAUCUUGCUCUCUCAACACUGUGGGAAGAUCCUGGUUGGAGAUCCUCAUCAGCAGAUUUACACUUUCAGAGGAGCUGUCAAUGCUUUGCAUGCUGUUCCACACACACACCUCUACUACUUAACACAGAGUUUUAGAUUUGGCGCUGAGAUUGCCUACAUUGGUGCAACAAUAUUAGAUGUGUGCAAAAAGGUGAAGAGGCUGUUGGUUGGUGGAUUCCAGGAUGGCACUGUAAGAGGAGAGGACAUUGAGACACUGGAGAGUCUGAGACUGGCUCAUCAGCAGGUUGGAGGGAAGGUGGCCAUUCUGUGUCGCUCUAAUGUAACUGUGUUCAGUGAGGCGGUACGGCUUACCGAUGCCAAUCCCAACUGCAAGAUCCACAUUGUUGGUGGUGUUGACAAUUUUGGGCUGAUGAAAAUUCUGGAUAUCUGGAUCCUAAUGCAGCCGGAUGAUAAACGGAUAAAAGAACACUUGUGGAUUAAGGACCCAUUUAUCCGGAAAUUCUCCAAGGACAAGCUGGGUGGUUAUGCAGGUCUGAAGAGGUGUGCCACGCAGAUGGAAGACCGUGAGUUGGAGGCCAAACUCUCCAUAGUGAAGACAUACAACACACGCAUUCCAGAGCUGGUGGAUCGCAUUUACAACUGCACUCAGGGUCAGCCAGACUGUGCAGAUUACAUCCUGGGCACAGUACAUAAAUCUAAGGGCCUGGAGUUUGACACAGUAGUGGUGGCGGACGACUUCAUAAAAGUGCCCUGUUCCCGUCAUAACCUGCAGAGAAUGAACAUUAACUCAGGUAUAAGGAACUCUGAAGCAGAUGAGUGGAACCUGUUAUAUGUGGCUGUGACUCGAGCCAAGAGAGUUCUGUACAUCACCAAAAGCAUCAGCAACAUCCUUACACUUGCAGGAGAAUACUUCCUGAGGACAGAGCUGAGCAGUACGUUGCUGAACAAUGAUCAGUCUUGCAAAUGCAGUACCAGAGAGUGUCCCAAUCAGAUCACCAAGGAGAUGCCACUCAGCAUGCACAAACUUCCUGUCAGAUAUAUGGACAGUGAAGAAAUGGGAGGUGUCCUUUGUGCCAGAUGUGUGGAACAGCGCAUAGGUCCCAUGGCCUUCCUGCUCUCUCCACCUGACAACGUCAAGGCCAUGCAUUACACAGAGGAACGACUUGAGCUGCCCAUCAACAUCUCUAUGCUGCUUGCUCUACUUUAACUACACACAGUCAGUCUUUGUAUGAAGAGUUUUUCAAUUAGAGGUGCUGGUUUACUAAUGCAAAUUUCAUUGAAAUACAAGGUGUCCGCAUUUUGUGUCCAGUCAAAAUUUCUCAGUUUUUGUAUAAGGCUAUGGACAUCCUAAAUGCUGGUACAUUAACACAAUUUUCGAGGCAAAGCUAUUCUUGAAAAGCCACCCUGUACAUUUCCACAGUGUGUUUGAGUUACUAUGGGGGUUAUGGACAUCAGUACAACAGUACUGUAGGUAUGUUUGUAUUGCCAAACUAGCAUCUUGCUCUGAAAGAUUAUUUAAAGAUUAUCUGCAAAACAACAAUGUAGGAAACAGAUCUUGAAUACGUGGAAGUGUUUGCUUUUAUAUGUUUCUAGCCUAAGCCUCACAAACCUUUUUUUAUUCCUUUAUUUUGGAAAAUAAGUUGAAAUUGAAGCAGCAAAUCCUUCAAUCAAGCCAGUCUGGAUACCAGCAUUUGUUGGUAUUUAUUGAGUUUACAUUUUUAGCAGACGCUUUAAUAUUGUCCAAGCAAUUUAAGGUUAAGGGCCUUGCUCAAGGGCACAACAGUGGCAACCUGGCAGUGGUGGGGCUUGAACCAGCGACCUUCCAAUUACUAGUUCGGUUCCUUAACCGCUAGGCUACAAGUCCCUUAUUGCAAGUAUGCAAUCUAUUUGAGAUAGCAAAGCAUGCACGUACAUGUUAUAGACAGUCAUAUAAUAAGCUAUUAACCCGUUCUGUUGAUUGAUGAUUAUAAAGGCCCUUUCAUUCCACUGUAGACUUUUCUACUGUAGGAAUGCUCUGGAUGCCUGAAGCUAUACUCUGCCAGUACAUUUUUGCCUCCUCCCAUGGCAACUCGGCCAAUUUUAGAUCAAUCUGGAAUUCAGUCAUAUGCAUACCUGCCUUCUUUUGUCAUUAAUACAGUAUGGGUAAGCUUUAUUGAAAACUUUUAUUUGGCCAUCACAUUCCCUAUAUACUGGAUUGUAACCAUUGAGCUAGAUUUUAAACUUUAAAUCUACAUGUACAUCAACAUUUGCACUAUACAUGUUAUACAUGGCUGUCCAGGAGGCUUCACAGACAUGAUUGGCUGUGUCUGGUGGGGGUGGCCAAAGCCCUGUAAUGGAUUGGUGCCCUGUUCAGGGUAUUUCUGCCCUGCACCCAGUGUUACCCGCUGCUACUCUGACCAAGAUAACAUGGAAAAUAAAAUGAGAAUUUGAUACUUGUACAUAUGCUUUUAUUAACCCUUUUUUCUUAUUUGUGUUUAAAUAAUGUGAAUAUACAUAGUCAGGUCCUGAAUAGACAAUUAUUUUUUACUGAACUGCAAAUGUGUGAUCUUUUUACUUCUGCUGAUUUGGAAAUCAUUUAUAUUUGCAAUGAACCAUAUGGUGAGUAUAACUGCCCAGGUCUUUAAAAGCCUGUUAGUUAUUUGUUGUUAAAUUUUAUUUUAAUUUCUAUGCAUUCUUAAUUGAUCCACAGAUUUAACUUGAAGUGCACAUUUAACUUUUAGGCAAAAAUAUUGUCUUCAAACCCCUUGACUUUUUGCACGCUACAGUGUAUUGUGAAUUUGAUUUUAAAUAAAUAAUUGUCGUUUUUAACCGUCAAUCUAACCCAUAAUAACGUAGUGAAAAUAUGUUUUUAGACUUAAACCCCAUUGAACAUUUGUGCAGAAAAAAUGGCAGUUUGCAGAUGUUUGCCAUCCAAGCUGAGAUUGAGAGGAUUUGCCAUGACAAAUAGGAUAAACUGCCCAAAGAUUGUAAAUCCAAGAACACUUGCAACUAUAAUUGCUGCCAAAUUGGCUUUUACGCAGCAUCAAAUAAAGGGAAACUGAAAACUUUUGUGAAUGAGAUUUCAGUUUAAAUUUUUUUUCCCCUUUUCUCCCCCUUUAGCGCGUCCAAUUAUCCAAUUUGCAUCGUGCUUCCUCUCUGUCUAUGCCGAACUCUGCCCUCAAAGCGAACCCAUAUUCCCUCCGAAACAUGAGCACCAGUCGCCUGCAUUUUUUCACCUACACAUUGACGAGUGUUGCGCCACCUAGCGUUGCAUGCGGAGAGACACCCUAAGAGCACUCCUUUCUCAUCUCUUGUGCAGGCGCCUCUAAUCAGCCGGCAGAGGUCGUAACUGCACUAUUCUGACAGAGAGAAACCCACUUCCGGCCCCUUGUCCCGCCCCCCAACUGAACAACCGGCCAAUCGUUGUUCAUGUAGCCACUCAGCCUCGAGCCGGUAAGGCAGAGCUGGAUUCGAUACCAUGUAUCCGGAAUCCAGCUCUGGUUGUAGCGCGUGUGUUUUUACCGCUGCGCCACCUGAGAGGCAGUAUUUAAUUUUUUAUUGAUUUUGGGGCCAUUAUGUGUAGGCUAAUGGGUAAAUCUACAACACAAUGAAGUGUUCAACAUGUCAAGGGAUCUGAAUACUUUCUAAAUUCUAAAUAAUGUAUUUGACUGAUCUUGUAAAUGAAUUUGCCCAGUUACCCCACCUACCUAAAAUCACUGUUUAAUCCCACUCUGCCCCUUGUUCCAUUUGAGCCACAAGACUGCGUCAUCUGUACUCAGGACUCAGGGAAGACAAGCAUUAAGGUUAUAUCUAUGAUUUUAUUUUUUUUUGUACGGGCGCUCAGGUGGUAGAUUGAAUUUUCCCUGGGCUGACCAAAUGGCUAUCUCUCCAAGAACAAUGACCGAAGACUCACUUUUUUAUUAAAUAUUUGAGUGAGCACUAACCUUGUUUUACAAAAACAAUUCCUAACUGACUGUACUUUGUUUCUAGCUGUAUUGCCUGUAUUAGUUUUAGCUGAGUGGACUUUUUACAUGUUGCUUAUUUGUAGUGAGAAAAUGUCUACUGGUGAGGAUACAUCACCCCUUUGUACAUCACUUUAAAUACCAGCAUUUGUUUAAUUUUUAAGUUAAGUUAAAUUAAAAAAUUGUAAAUAUGUUAUUAAUGCACAAGUUUAAAUAUAAUGAAGAAUACAAAACAAUAUAAGCAUUCACCAUAUGAUCAUCCUAAUUAAACAAUUGUUGCAUUUGUUUAACGGAAGAAGGUUAAAUAACUUAGUGAAUUAGUACAAACCCCAUUUUCUAAAAAGUUGUUUUUGUA